UGAGGCGCCGUGUGCAGCUGGGACACUGCAGGGAGCGCGUGUGUGCGGAGCCUCCUGUCUGCAUGGCCCCGGACACAGGAGCUCACGGUGGCCCUGGUUUCUGCUGCGUGUGGUGAGCCCGCCGGCUUCCAUGGGUGGCUCGCCCGGGUGGGGGUCAGCACGGGCGCGUGCGGCGCCCAUGUGGAGCUGGGCACCUGUUGGGGGGCCAGCCAGCUCUGUCAUAGUGGGUACAUCUGGCCAUACACACUCAGGUUCGCUGCCCCGUCACCCACUUGGGGAGCUCCUGGUCUCGGCCUCCCUGUCUCCCCGUCUCUCCCUGUCUCCCUGUGUCUCUUCAUGUUUCCCCAUGUCUCCUCGUCUCUGUCUCUCCAUCUGUGUCCCCUUCUCUCCGUGUCCCCAUCUCUCCCUGUCUCCCCGUGUCCCCAUCUCUCUGUGUCUCCCUGUCUCUGUGUCCCCAUCUCCCCGUGUCUCCCCGUCUCCCCCUCUCUCCCUGUCUCUCCCCGUCUCCCUCCGUCUCUCCCCGUCUCCCCCUGUCUCUCCCCGUCUCCCCCUGUCUCUCCCCGUCUCUCCCCGUCUCCCCGUCUCCCCCCGUCUCCCCCUGUCUCUCCCUGUCUCCCCCGUCUCUCCCCGUCUCUCCCCGUCUCCCCCCGUUUCCCCCUGUCUCCCCGUGUCUCCCCCUGUCUCUCCCCCUGUCUCCCUGUCUCCCCGUCUCUCCGUGUCCCCAUCUCCCUGUCUCCCCCUGUCUCCCUGUCUCUCCCCGUCUCCCCCUGUCUCUCCCCCUGUCUCUCCCCGUCUCUCCCCGUCUCCCCCCGUCUCCCCCUGUCUCUCCCUGUCUCCCCCGUCUCUCCGUCUCUCCCCGUCUCCCCCCGUUUCCCCCUGUCUCCCCGUGUCUCCCCGUCUCCCCCUGUCUCUCCCCGUCUCCCCCUGUCUCCCUGUCUCCCCGUCUCUCCGUGUCCCCAUCUCCCUGUCUCCCUGUCUCUCCCCGUCUCCCCCUGUCUCCCCGUCUCUGCAGUGUGGGGAGGGAGUUGCCAGCCUCUUCCUGGAGGUGCCUCAUGCGGCUCCGCCUGGGAGCUGGGCGAGUUUGGACGACCUGCGUCCGGCCGCCAUCGGAUCCUGGGUCGGCUGGCUUAGGCGUCACCUCCCAGCUGCCUCCGAGGGCCGUGGCCGCCUGUCCUGCCCUGGAGGGCCUGGCGUGUCCCCUGCUGUGUGGGGUCAGAGCCACCCCCGCCAGGGCAGCUCUGCCCAGACUCCUGGGCUUCUCACGGCCUCCAGCCGCGCCUGGGCCCCGAGGCGGGAGGGCGGCAGGAGAAAGCGCGGACUUGGUGCCGGUGCAGCGCCCUCACAGGGAGGCUUUGGGCCGUGCGACGCCGAGUGA